GGGAUACAUUGUACUACAAGUCCCGGCAUGCACUGGGAGCACCGGCCCACAGUGACGAUGCAACCCGAACUACAUCUCCCGGCGCGCCUUGCGAGUGAAGCAUGCGCAGUGGGGCGGUUUUGGGCCGGUGAGGGAGGACCGAGGGGAUAGUUGGUCGGUAGACGUGUCGCUUCUGGUGCAGCGAGGGAAGGAGCGGGAGCAGGAGCAGGAGCAGGAGCAGGGCGUGAGUCGGAUUCAGCAGCGGCCCAACACGGGUAUCGUUUCAGCCCUCGCAGGUCGUUGCGGAGGGGCGCCAUGCACCCAGGCUUCGCCAUUGGCCUGGUGUUCCUCGGGUGCAGCAGCAACGUUGUGUUCCUGGAGCUGUUGGUCAGGGAUUUUCCAGGAUGUGGGAACAUUGUGACAUUUGGGCAGUUCUUGUUUAUAGCAUUGGAAGGCUUAAUCUUUCAAGCUCGCUUUCUCAUGAAGCCCCGGGCAAUUCCUUUAAGGAACUAUUUCAUUAUGGUGUCCAUGUUUUUCAUUGUGAGUGUGGUUAAUAAUUAUGCCCUCAACUUCAAUAUUCCAAUGCCUUUGCACAUGAUCUUCAGAUCAGGCUCUCUGAUAGCCAACAUGAUACUGGGAAUUGUCAUUUUAAAGAAAAGAUACACAGUUGCAAAGUAUAUUUCAAUUGCUCUGGUUUCUCUGGGGAUAUUUAUCUGUACUUUUAUGUCAGCAAAACAAGUGUCUUCGCAUACAAGUGUGUCUGACGAUGGCAGUUUAUAUGCAUUAAUACAGUGGUUGAUAGGUAUUGCUAUGCUAACCUUUGCACUUUUCAUGUCAGCUAGAAUGGGCAUCUUUCAAGAGAUGUUAUAUAAGCAGUAUGGGAAGCACUCUAAGGAGGCACUAUUUUAUAACCAUUUCCUGCCAUUACCUGCCUUCCUCUUGUUUGUAUCCGACAUCUACAAUCAUGGGAUUCUCUUCAGCCAGUCUAAAUCGAUUGAACUUGUACCCCUGGGAGUAACCAUACCAAUUAUGUGGUUUUACCUCAUGAUGAAUGUUCUAACUCAAUAUGUUUGCAUUCGUGGUGUGUUUAUUUUGACAACAGAGUGCACAUCCCUAACAGUCACGCUUGUGGUGACGCUUCGCAAAUUUACCAGUCUGAUCUUCUCCAUAAUUUACUUCAAGAAUCCCUUCACCUUCUGGCACUGGAUUGGGACAUCGGUAGUCUUUGUUGGAACGCUCACUUAUGCUGAAGUUUGGAAAAAUUUCAAGCCGCUCCUGCACAGAAGGAGAAAGGAACAGUAGUUUUCUCCUGGGGAAUGAGUCGAAAUCCAAAGCAGUUAUAUAGGAUACCCAGUGGUUUAACAGAGACUGGGUGGUCUUCAGGUAUUCUUCCAGAAUACUUUCUUUUUAGGGAAGUCGGCAUUUAUCCAGAAUAAAUGUCAUUGUUUCUUUCCUGUGAAAACUCUAUUUUUGUCUGCUCCCUCCCCUUUCUGAACUUUAGACCAGGUAAGUGUGUAAAUGAUGCAUAAAGCAGAUCUGCUGUCAAAAAGACACAGAACCAUAAUUGUUCAAAAUGACGCUUAAAAGUUGCAUAGUAAGAUUUGUACAUAAAAAAAAAAGUAGAUGCUUUGACUGCACUUUCAGUAAAAUUUAUUGCUUUAAGAGAUGGUUCUGUGCUGGGUUAAAACUUUGACGGACCGGAUGGCACUGUGAGUUUAAUACACUGCCUCAAGAACUUUGACCAAGUUCCAUAUCUAUAUAAGUGUGAUUGAGAUGCUUAUAGCUUUGGAACAUAUCAAGUUAUAAAAUGGGAGAUUUAUCCUAAUCUCAAAUUUAAAAAAAAAAUCCUGACCUGCUGAGAUGGGAAGGGAGCUCCUAAUCCAGAAGAGCAAAAGGAAUAGCAGGAGUUGGCCAUUUGGGCUGUCAUCUGCUGUGUCAUUCAGUAACCACAUAUUCCUUAUUUUUUUAAAUAUCAGUUAUUUGAAUAUAAUGAGCCACCUCAGGUGAAGGAUUCCAAAGAUUCAUUCCCCUCUUAAUAUUGGGAUUCUGGAAAGUUUCUUUUUUUUAAGGGGAAAUGAAGCCUGUAGGAAUGUGGGGUCACUGUUCGUAACAAUGUAAGGAUAGAAUAACUGUCAAGUCAACAAUAGCUUUAGCAAAUACCAGAACAAAUAUUAAGGGGUUAAUGGCAUUCUUUGGUUCAGUGUUCCUAUAAUCAAUAACAGACUUGGGUACAAAGAAGUUCAAACACUUAGAAAGGCAGUUUUGAGGAUGUGGUCAAUGGUUUGUAUUCGUAUGGUACCAAUUAGUACACCAAAACUCACCAAGGUGUUUACAACAAAAAUUUUUACUAGGUCUAAAGGAGAUUUUGGUGCAGGUGACCAAAAGAUUGGUUAAAGGCAUAGAUCCCAAGGAUCAUCUUAAAGGAUGAAGAGAGAUAGAAAGGUUGAGGGAGGAAAUUUCAGAGUUCGGCAGCUGCAAUAAGUCACUAAUAUAGUAAUUAAGUUUGGGAGUGAUUGCAAGACCAAAAUUAGAGAAGUAUGUAUAUUGUGGAUGGUUGAGGGCCUGGAGGAAAUUAAAGAAGGAAAGGGACAAAGGCAUGGAAAGAUUUGAAAACCAGGAUGAGAAUUGUUAAAUUGAUGCUUAACCAGGGAGUAACGGUUCUUAUCAGGGAAGGUUGGAUAGUGUAGGACUGUAUCUGCUGGAGUUUAAAAACAUAAGGUCCUGAGGGGUCUUGACAGGAUGGUUGUGGAGAGGAUGUUUCCUCUUGUAGGAGGAUCUAGAACUAGGGGUCACUGUUUAAAAACAGAGUUGUCCAUUUAACACAGGAUGAGGCAAAAGUUUUUUUUGAGGUUCAUGAGUCUUUGGAAUUAUUUUUCAAAGGACUGUGGAAGUGGGGUCAUUGAAUAUUUUUAAGGCAGAGAUAGAUAAAUUCUUAAUGAACAAGGGGAUAAAAGGUCAGUUACAGUCAUAUCAGCUAUGAUGGUGGAGCAGGCUUAAGGGGCCAAGGAGCCUACGCCUGAUCCUAAUUAGUAGAUGUGUGUAAGCAUGAGGGUGAUUGUGGAAUAUAGGUAGCGGAGUUUUGGAUGACAUUAAAUUCAAGAUGACAGAAAGAGGGAGGCCAAUUCAGAGUGUGUCAGAAUAGUCAGGCUUGGAGUUAACAAAGAUGUGGAUGAAGAUUUUUGGGAGCAGAUGAGCUGAGGCAGACAUAGGGUUGAGCAUGUUACAGAGACCGAAAACAACAGUCCCUAAGUCUCAUAACUCCAAGGUUAUGGGAAAAGUCUGUUUAAGUUUUGGAUUGUUGCCAGGAAGUUGGAUUAACUCAGCAGCUAAGCUACAGAGUUGUGGCAGGAAAUGAAGACUGUGGCUUCAGCCUUCCCAAUAUUUGUUUGGAGGAAAUUUCAGAGCAGCCAGUCCUGUGGAUCAGGCAGUCUGAUGUGUCACCACUUACAUGUGGGGAAAACAGUUUUUGGAUGAUUGGAUGAAAAGUAGAAGGGGCCUAAGAGUCAGACCUUUUGGGUGGGUGUGUGGGGUGUUGCUGCAGAAACAUCAGGCGAUCCAACAGGAGAAUCCAUUCCAGGUGAUGCAUUGAAACAGGUGAAUGGAAUCCCACCUUGCUGAGUAGCAGCGAAAAGGUAUUUUAGAAUGUUAGUAUGGUGAGCCACAUCAGAACCUGUGGAUGGGGCAACAAACAAAGAACCCAGGGUAUCAUAAGAAAGCACCCCUUCCCUCCCCAGUUUCAUAGUUUAAUUAGAAAACGUUUAAUAACAAAGCUGAAUCACAAUGCAACUCUGAAUGUUAUGAAGAUUGAGAAGGGGAUGGGGAGGUGCGUGAAGGCCUACAUGGCAGCUACUGCACUUCAAAAGUAAUUCAUUAUGUGAAAUGCUUAAGUAUUUCCAUGGAAAUGAACAAUACCUGUAAGUAUUUUGACAUCUGUAGACAGGCUGGUGUCUUCAGAAAUGCUGACACUUGAGAUUUUAUUAAUUAUUUAUUGAUUCCUUUUCUGUUUAAUGUGAGCAAUUUGCUGGAAUGGAAAAACGAUUAUAUGCUCUAUCACUCUCCAUCUCCCCGGUGAAUCUUGCAAGUUAAAUAAUAUAAAAUCAGUAACCAAAGAGCGAUGGUACAACUAUAUUUUCUGGUUCUUUAGUUACCGUGAUUGAUGUGCUUUGAAAGUGCUGUCUGGGAGCAUUUUUAUAUAUAAAACCACCCGCUGCCCCAGUCAUGGAGUAAAUGGGGAGGUAUUCCUUAUUUAUGACAUUAAACCAAGGCAACCUUUGCACAUCAUUGGCUGCCUCUGGCAGUAAAUUUUUAACACAUCACUUAAGAGUAGGUGAUGAAAGUUCUUAACAUUUAACCCUCUGCAACAGUUUAGUGGAAGAGUCUUUGCCUUGAUAGGGCUGCUAUUAAAAGUAUUGCAUAUUGCUUUGGGAGGGUACCUGUUUGUCUAAAGUGUGUGCAUUGAUCAGACCUCUGUUUUGAGCUCAGUAUCUGAGCAUCCUGCUGUAGCUUGUGAUGCAGUUACUUCUUUCCUCAAUAAAAUGCAUUCUUUUCCA